GCAACUAGGGCGAAGGAUCCGGAGAACAAGCCCAUGGGAGACGUACCUAGUGGUGUUCCUUCGGUGGCCGGAAACCAGAGUCAACAGGCAACGGGUACGACGGGGAAGUUGAGCUCAUCGUACCCUCCGAUCUUCUAUAUGAGACCGGGAGAGAGCUGGGAGCAAUACUGGAGGAGCGUCACCUUUUGGGUGGCCUCAGAAGGUAAGUCCUUGCCCCAGGAGAUGCAAGGACCCCGACUCAUGCAGCAGUUGCGUGAGAGAGCAGGGAAGAUCGUGCAGCACUUAACGGUGGAGGAAGUUUCCGGAGCCGAUAGAAUUCAGAGGAUUAAGCAGGAAAUGGAGAGAAGCCCCAUCAUCAAACUUCUGGACCAGAAGAAGGUAGACCAAAGGAGACAGAAGUUCAUGAAACCCACCCGCUUGCAUGGAAAAUCAAUUGAAAGUUUUUUGAAUCGCGCUGAAAUUUACCAGCGUGAGAACCAGUCUUCACCCGCCUAUCAGGUGGGAUCGAAGUUUUACAUUGGACAUCUUUUGGAUGCAGCCCGCUUGACCAAGAGGGACUUGGCCCUGGUGAAGGCUGCAAGUCAAGGUACUCUGGAGGAUGAGGAGGACAAGUACCUGGUGCAGAAGGCGACUACAUCUUCCAGUAUGACAUCACCAUUGCAGAGCUCUACGGCGACACCUGGAGUGAGGAAGAACCGAAGGAAGUUCUUCGGGAGACGACGUUUUCGGGAUGCGCUGAUGGCAAUCCUGGAAGAUGAGGACGGAGCUGAUGAGGAUGGAUUGGACGACGAGACAGUUAUGCCAGAUGGCAUUGGCGACGAAUCAGUUUAUGAGGAGGAGGACGAUAUGACUUCGUUCGGUGGGUCGUCAACGCAGGCAACCUCUGUGAUGGAAGCUUCGUCGGCUGGAACUAUGUCGUCUACUACCUCUUCUACGGCUUCGACAUCAGACGCAUUUCUGGCAGAGAUUUUCGCACAGGAGUACAAAGCCAGGAAUCGCGUGCGUGAGAUCAAGAAGAUGAGACAGUACUUCCAGAAGGAAGGACAUGCACCAGGAGGGCCACAAGGCGACAAAGAUCGAGAACAAGUGAAGCGAUGG